AUGAUUCCAGCAGACGUUACAGUUCCUUCUCAUGAGGACAGAGAUGUCCCACGAACUUGGCACUCCAGCCAUGGUUCGACAUUUAGAACAGUUGUCCACAGCGACCGAGACAGCGAGAGCGGUGUCAUGACAGAGACAGUGUGGGAGACGAUGAAUCCAUAUUCGAGUGAUCCAGAUGGUAUACCUAAUAAUACUAUACCAACAGCUUCUGCAACAACUAUUACAGCGACACCUGUCGCUACUACAAGCAAUUAUACUACAUAUUCUACUGCGACUCCUGCUGACAGCCAGAGCUCUGGUUCUGUGGCUUCAACAUUACACCGCUCUGGUGGUCUAUCAGAUGGAGUUAUAGCUGCUAUAGUGAUCGGUGUUCUCUUUAGCUUAGCCAUUGCAGCCUUGGUAACAUGGCUCUUGGUUCGAAAGUCGCGAAGACGCUCAAGAGUGACCCAGGUUACUCAUCCGCAGACCCCACUCUACAGUCCUUCACCACCAAGUUCCCCAUUACCAACACCUCCGCCUCUAACAGAAUCGGGUAACGACCGGAUUUCGAGCUUGGAGGAUUCCUGGGUCAGUUAUGGCGACCGUGUCCGAUCACCUACGCCUCAGCCCGCAGUGGCAGAGGUAAGAAGCUUUACUCGAGCGUGGCAGAAGCCACGGGCAUAUACCGUCAGCAGAGGCCGCAUGACUGAGGCGCAUGGCUCAGAAGGCUCAGAGUCUCCGCCAAGUCCCGACGAUGACAUGUCACCUAUAUCACCUCUGUCUCGAGCUAGUUCUUCCCAGGCUGAUCGACGGGUUGUAAGCCCUGUGUCUUUCGUUUCGAGAUUCAGCGCAAUGUCAAACAGGACUGAUCAGAGUCGGGAGCGGGGAGAAAGUCAGAGGAAAGCGUUCUAA